AUGGCUAACCACCCCCCUUCGUUGGCCGAAGCCUGCCAUGAAAACCAGAAGGCACCAACCGCCCAUUUGAUUACACUUCUCGACCAAGUCGCCGACCGAUUCCCCGAUCAUGAUGCCAUCAUUUCCCUCCAUCAGAGCCGCCAUCGCUGGACCUUUGCUCAGCUGCAGGAGAAGAGCAUCCAACUCGCCGCCCGGUUCUCGUCCCGAGGUGUCGGUCGUGGAAGUCGGAUCGUGACCCUGAUGUACAACCAAGCCCAGUGGGCACUGCUUUUCUGGGCAUCGGCCCGCCUGGGCUGUCAAUUUGUGCCACUGGAUCCUCGGGUGCUCGAUCGCGACGCACGGGAUGUCUUGUUUCUCCUCGAUCAGCUGCAACCCGGAGCAAUAUUUGUAUCAAACGAGGCCAUGGCGGAUCGGAUCAACCAUAUCACAGUCGAUCAUGACCAUCGCCCGCUUGUUCAGUGCGUGGUCGCCGACAUUGAAGAGACUGCUGUACCGGCCGGGUGGACGACGGUGUCCAACAUCAUGUCGGAGCCCUUACACGACGAGCCUUCGUUGCAUCGGCCCGGAAAUCCCGAUGAUACCAUACUCAUCCUGUUCACGAGUGGCACCACUGCUCUUCCCAAAGGCUGUCCGCACACGACCAUCUCCAUCAGCGCUCAGGGGCUGGGGUUUAUGUACGGGUUGGAACUAGGACCUGGGGCGAAUCUUUGCCAGCAUUUGCCCAAUUUCCAUAUCUUCAAUAUCGCGUUCACUCUCGCGUUCUGGCUGGCCGGCGCGACUGUCGUCUUCCCAAGCCUUUCUUUUGACCCACAGAGCACCUUGCAGCUGCUCGGAUCCUAUCCACGGGUCACCGUUCCCUGUGUCCCGGCCAUGAUACAUGCUUUACUGAGCUGUGCGCCCCCUCAACAGAGCUCCCGCCCUUCGUUCGAAGUUCUGCUGGGUGGCGCUCCGGUGACAAUGGACGUAGUGAAGCGCUGUAGAGACUUGGGGGCGACAAGGGUGAUGACAGGAUAUGGCAUGACGGAGGGUAUACCUUUUGUCAACACCUCUCUCGAGGAGCCGUCCGUGGACCUGACGACAAGGGAUGUGUCUGUUGGGAAGGUAUUCUACGGCGGGCGAGCCCGGAUCUGUGCCGAGGGAAGCCGCAUCCCCAUUCACAAGGAGGAGAUCGGUGAGGUGCACCUCGGCGGUCUUCCAGUGUUCGGAGGCUAUCUUGGGGGCACCAAUGACUCAUGCUACUGUGAGAAUGGGGUGAACUGGAUAGCCACGGGAGAUCAGGGGUACAUGGACCGUGAGGGUUAUGUCUAUAUUCUCGGCAGGUAUAAAGAUCUGAUUAUCUGCGGUGGCGAGAACAUAUCCCCUUUGAAAAUAGAACAGUGUUUGAGCGAGGUAGAUGGGAUACGGGAUGUGUAUGUUGUCGGAACGCCAGAUGCUGUGGCUGGUGAAGUGCCCGUUGCUGUGAUGCGCAAAGAUCCGUCGGGUCAAAUCCCAAUGAAAACAGCCCUUCAAACAAUGGUCUCGAAUAAACUUGGUCAAUCCUUUGCGCCAGCACGCAUUCUUGAUCUCCAGGAUGACCUCGGAAAGGACCACUAUCCAACGACAACAUCCGGCAAAAUCCAGAAAACAGUGCUUCGAGAAUGGGUGACGGAGCAUCUCAAGCAGAUCACCGUUGACAAUCCAGUCUCUUUCGGCGACGACCUGACAACCGAAUUAACGGCAUUAUGGUCUGGAUUAACCGGUCUAACACCUGGAGAUAUCGAUCUAGACGUUUCUAUACGGAGCUUCGCCGACAGCAUGAUGCAAAUCCAGUUUUGCCACCUGAUAAGCCAAAAGCUGCAAAUAGUGAUCACGCAGAUGGAUUUAAUCAAGUUCGACACAAUUCGAAAGCUGGCGAAGCUACUCCACCAAAGAAAGCAUGUCAGGGACUCUCGUUUUCAUGAUACACACCAUGCUCCUCCAGCGCAGCUCGACAUGGAGCGGGCGAAACAAGUGGCCUUGUCCAAGUUGAGCGGCCUCGGAUUUAGAUGGGAUGACGUGGAAGAGGUCGUCCCGAUUGCAGACUGUGUGAAACGGACACACUACGGACACAGGCCGAACUCGUGGAACACCCGGAUGUCGUGGAUCGCGAGCCCAUCGAUCAGCGUCACAGAUGUCACGGCGGCCUUGCACACCUGGCUUCAACGUCAUCCACUGCUGCGGUCCACGCCGCUUACAUACGAUGAGAAACUAGAUCUAUAUUUGGUCAUGCGUCCCAGUGAGGAUUGGAUGAAACUCCAAGUUAUAGACGGCGGAAUGGUUGGAGACAUCAACAGCGUCGAAACAUAUAAGCUGAAUGAUGCCGACUAUGACCACAUCGAUGGGAAGGGGCCAUUGUUCAGGGCUACCAUUUUAAGCGUGGAGAAGCCAUCAGUUGUCGGGUUGGUCAUGCACCUGCACCAUCUUGUGUUCGAUGCCCACAUCCUGUUCCGAUGGUUUGAAGACCUCAAGGAUCUCCUGAAUCGCAAGGACCAGCUUCUCAAUUUCCAUCCAUACCGUGACUACAUCGCAGAUUACCAAGGGAACCGAACCGGGCCAGCAGCCCGGAGAGCGAUCGACUUUCAUGUGAACAGAAUCCGAGGAGUAUCGUCUGCUACCGAUGCGUUCUGGCCACGGCAGAUUGCACCAUGCUGGCUCAAAGGUGACAACCAGGGCUGGGUCCACAGUGACCACACCCCCGGCCACCCCAGCGAGCGACCCCUUCUGGAUGGCGACAAAAGCAUCGGAACCAAAGGUAUCACUCGCGCCGUGCAUGUGCCCAAGAUCUCGGAAUUCCAACGCAAGUUCGCGAUAACACCCCCGAUCAUCGCGAGAUGCGCCUGCGCGUUGGUCAACGUGCGCAUGACCGGAGCCAAAGAGGCCAUCUUCGGCCUCGUGGAAUCGGGCAGAACCUGGCCCUCUGCGGAUGACAGUCACCCCGCGAAUCGAGGCAUCGAUAUUCUGGAAGUCGACGGGCCGACAAUCGUCCAAUGUCUCAGCCGCACAACGAUCACCCCAGACGAAAGGGCAAUCCAGCUUCUGACCAGGAUGAGCAAGGACCAAGACGAUAUCGUCUCGAAUACAUAUGCUCCCAUGGACGAGAUAUGCCGGAAGCUGGAUGAAACAGACGCGAAAUCCUUCCUCGACAUCCUCUUCCGCCAAGGCCUCAACUGGAGGAUGGGGGGGUAUCAAGAACACGCGGCCGAUCCCAUCAAGUUGAUCGAAAACAUUUCUCGUUCCGACUUUGGCCUCUUCUGGCUCCCGGGUAUGAUGGAGGGUGAUCGGCUGCGGCUGACGGUGAAGUACGACGAUGCGCAGCUCAGGGCAACAGAUGUGUACAAUCUUAUGACGGAGUUCCUGUGCGCUGUGGCCUGGCUGGGCGAUCCGGGUAAUAUGGAUAAGCCUGUGUCGCAGUGCGAGUUCCAAGGUCGUGAGAUUGUCGACCUGGAUCACGAAGGUCCGGCUCGCUAUCGGAGGUGAUCAUAUCUGAUUUGCCAUAGUCAACUGGAAAUGUGAG